GAAGAGAAAUUUGGAGGGAAAAAAAAAGAAGAUAUGCAAUUAACGACUUUGUUAUAGCGACGGGGAAAUUACAGGGGUAAACUCGUCCUGGAAAUGAACGGGAUAUAAGAGGUGAAGGAGUGAAAGGCAACAGAAAGAAUGGAAACCCCUCUUUGGAUUCUUCAACUCAAAGUCGAGCCGGAAAUCUAAAGGGGAAUUAUAAUAUACAAUGGCGAAGCGCAGAAUCUCGAAUUCUGAAUCAGAAGAUAGUGAAAAUGAAGAGAAGCUAAGCGAAGUAGAAGUAAAGCCCAAGCGAAAACAGCAGGAUAUAUCAGAAUACGAGAAGCAGAGGCUAUCGAGAAUCGCGGAGAACAGAGCCAGAAUGGAGGCUCUGGGUCUGUCCAAAAUGGCUUCUUCUUUGAUGGGCUCGUCGCGGAAUUCGAGUAAGCUUAAAGGAAAGGGCAAGGUCGUUGAGGAUGAUGAAGAUUACAGGCCCAAUGAUGAGGAAGACCAUGACGACGAUGAUAAUGAUGAUAAACUUGAUGAUGAUUAUGAUGAUGAGGAGGACUUUCGGAGUAAGAAAACGCCUCAGUCUCGUAAAAACAAGGUGAAGAAUAAAGGCUCAAAACCUAAGAAGAAAACUCCUGUUCAAAAACAUUUGAGUAGUUCAGAUUGUGUUGGUGAUGAUGAUGAAUUGAUGAAGGCAAUUGCUCUGUCUCUGCCAGAUUCUGGUGAAGUUUCAGGUGCUGUACAAGCAGAUGUGCAAGAUGCUACUUUCACUGAAAGAAAGGGGAAUGCUCGAUUAAAGAAGAAAAAAUCGUUCACCACUCGGGUGCAGAUGACUGAGGAUGAAAUGGUUGUGCACUUCUUUCAGUUUGAUGCAUUGUUGGCUACCAGAGGCUGGAAAAGGAAGCAUUUCUAUGAGAGAUUUACGAAGAGUGGCUAUUGCAUAUGAUUUUAUUUGGACAGAUAAGGAGUUGUCUGAUAUGAUCCAUUGCUUUGAUGGCGACAAAGAUGGGAAGGUCCGUACGUACUUUAGGUUGUAAUUUUUCCCCCAACAAAUAACUAUGUAUAAGUGAGUUAUGGUCUAUGUUGGUAAAAAUGGAAUGCCCCAUGUUCUUGACAUUUAUUCUCUGAUCAAAAGAAAAACAUAGAAGAAGUAAAUAAAGUUCAUUCAGCAUUGUUUA